UCCUGCAGAUAACCAGGUUCCUGUCUGUCUCUGUCAUAGCAUAUAAAAUCAUGGAGAACACGCUGCCUGUUAGACUGCAAGAGAGGUGCUCUGGAAGAGAUGACUGCAAGUAUGAUGAUGCUCAGGCUGUGUGGACUCCUUCUUAUAUGCUCUAGUCUAAUUGAUGCUAAAUUAGACAUAAUCAGUGGUGACCCAGAUAUUCAGGUGGGACAAGAGACUCUGCUUUUGUGCAAAGCUGAUUCAGAGGGAGAUUUUAGUUGGUUGAAAGAUGAUGAAGAAAUCGAUGAAGAUCGCCAUGUAGUCGAGAAAAUUGAUGAGUCCUCGAGUAAACUGAUCUUGAAGAAUGUUGAAUUGAAUGAUGCUGGAAACUAUACCUGCGUGUUUGAAAAUGAUCAAGGACAGAGAAAGAUUACCUACCAGAUCUACGUCUACCAAACACCGGACUUUGGCGACACAUCAGUGUACCAUGAAUUUCUGGUGAACCAGACAGUGGAGAUUCCCUGCGAGGUGUCUGGGCAGCCUGCGGUGGAGAUCCUCUGGUUUCGGAAUGAUAGCAUCAUUAAAGAUGACGGACGAGGUAAUCUCAGAAUCCUGUCAGAUAAGUCUCUGCAGAUUUCAGGAAUUCAGCAGGAAGACAGCGGAACCUACACGUGUGUGGGCAGGAUCAAGGGACGCCCCACAGAAAGGAGGCUCCAGAUCUCUGUUGAUGUUAAUGAGCCACCAACUGUCCUGAUUGACCAGGACACAAAAAGGGUUUUGGCCAGACCCGACACCACUGUGUCUAUAACCUGCCGGGUCAAAGGAGUACCCCGUCCAAAUAUUUCAUGGACACUCCCAUCCACCUCUGACGAGUCCCGUCACAAAUACAGCUCUGAUAAGAGUGAGCUCACCAUCUCUGCAGUGACCAGGAGGGAUUUUGGAAAGUAUGUCUGCAAGGCUACCAAUAAGAUUGGGGAAGACUCCGACACAUUUACUCUGGAUGUCUCAGAACGGCCAACUGUAGUUUUGGAUCAACCCAAGCUGGCGGUUAUUCCAGGAGAAACUGGAUCUGUGAUCUGCAAUGCCACAGGACAUCCAACACCAACCGUACAGUGGGUCAGGAAGUCUACCAAAGAAAAAAUGAUGAUUGUGGAGGAUUCUAAGCUUAUUCUUAAAAACGUAAUGCCCUCUGAUGGUGGCUUGUACUCCUGCAUAGCCAACAAUACGGCAGGAACAACCACUGAGGACUUCCAGCUGAUCACCUGGCCUGGGACACCCGCUAAGUUCAGUGUGGCUUCGGGGCCCUCCUCUUCUGUCCUCAUCCGGAGAGCCCCAGUGCAAGAUGGAGGGUCCUCCAUUACCCAGUUCAUCCUUCAGUGGAAGAAACCGUCUGAAGACACCUGGAGUCAAAGCGCUGUCAAGCCCUCAAAUCUCCUGGAGAUCACGGGCCUUGAGCCAUACACAGAGUACCUCAUUCGUUUUGCGGCCAAAAACUCUCAUUUCCAGGGGAACUUCUCCACAGAACACAAGAUCUUCACCAAGUCCCACCAUGGUGAACCCGACAGCCCCAUUAUGUCUCUGAGCGAGAAGAAGCUGGAAAAGAACUCAUUCUCCAUCCCCAUUAAACAACUGAAAAAUGAAGGCUCUCCCAUCCUACACUACAUUGUACGCUACAAAGGGAACAAGGAAAAUGAGGAAUGGAUUGAAAAAGAAAUUCCUGGAAACUCCAGCGAAAUCCAGCUGAAUAAUCUCCAGUAUGAUGCUGACUAUCAAAUGGAAGUUUAUGCAGUAAACCAGAAUGGCUCCUCCAGCACUGCCAAAAUGAACUUCACCGUCCCACAACCUGUCAGUCAGCCGGCGUUAGGGAAAGGAGGAGUGGUGGGAAUUGUAAUGUUCAUCUUCUUGGUGCUGAUGGUGUCAGUAGAUGCUUUCUGUUGUUACACCAAACACUGCGGCCUGCUUAAUUUCCUCGCUCACAAAAUAUUUGGAUACAAGAUUUCAGUGUCUAAAGGACUGGAUGAAGAGGCCAAUAAUUCCACUGGAGACGUGAAGCUGGGCGGGCUAACACUACCACGAGGCAGCAUCCCAAAGCUUCAGUCACCCAGUGGGGCAGUGAAUGGCGCUCAUUCAGAGGUCACGUGUGACAAAGCGCCUCUUACCAAAUUUGAGAAGAAACCAGAAUCUGGUGAUCCAGCAGCAGAGGCCUAGAGGAAGAUAUUAUACAGGACACAAUUUGAAUUCACUGAGUGAAGGAGCUUCACACAAUCUCGGGACAAAUGAUUAUGAGCUUGAGGGUGAAGUGUGUAAUUAUUUUUUUUAAAUACAAUAUGUAAGAUAUAUGUAAAACAAAAUGUUUAAAUUCUACAGCUCUGUGGCGUUAUGAAACAUGGCUCAACCAAUAGCAUGAGUUGUGGGGCGGGACCAUCUGUUUGUCUGACCAAUGACAUGAGGGAGUGUUUGAGAAACCUAUUUGUAAGAUAUAAAACUUCAUAAAUGACAUACUUUUUUUUAAGUGAUGCUAUGGGACAUCAACCCCUCAUUCAAUCAUUAUAAAGAACGACUGUUAUUUGCAGGAAAACGUUCAAGUCAUUUAGAUUAAACUUAUUCAAUUGUGAUUGUACUACAUGGAAAUGUAGGAGUAUUAUGAGUGUGAUCCAGCACUGUAAAUACUGUACAUCACAAAUGCUGCUUGAGCUGAAUGUAUGUUCAGUAGUGAGCAGAUAAAAGCAGGAUGCAGCUAAUAUUAGUAAUAUUACUGUCCUAAUGGGAGCAUAAUAUCAUAGAAUAAUAGCAUCACUAGUGUAUUGUUAAUUUAUUGUGUGUUUAACAUAUGCUUGUAGCUUGUAUAAUAUCUUGAAGGAACAGUUGAAAGAAAAUGUCCAAUGGAUUUGGAAAGUUUAAUGUGAACGAUAAUGCCUUUUGUAAAGAUAAAAAUAACUGUUUGAGUUAGAUAUAGAUAUUACUUUGCAUUUUAUUUGUUUCAACUUCAUAUAUUAAAUGUGGAUGUAAAUACAGAUGCCUGCAGAAAGAUGUACAUAUAGAUUUAUUAAUAGUUUUUGAUCUUUCCUGUACAUUAUGUAAAUAAUUUCUUUAAUGCUUCCAUACUCAUUAUAUAGAGUGUCUCUAUAGUCAUGUUGUACUCAGUUAUAAAUGCAUUCGCAACUAUAGACAUUUGAGAUUGUUUUCAAUAAAAAGAGAUGAAUACAUUCAA